AUGGGUGCCCCUGCAAUCACCGACGGUGCCAGCUACCAAUCCAUUCCCGAGACAACUGUGGAACUGGACUGGACAGACCUUGUGGCGCUAGAUCUAUCCGACUUUGAUCGACGUGGUGGAAAGCAACGACUUGCAGCUCAGCUUCACGACGCCAUCCAAAAGAUCGGCUUUUUCUACCUUGUGAACUUCGGUCUGUCCCAAGAAGAGGUCAACGACCAGUUCUCGCUUGCCGCCCAGAUAUUCCAACUCUCUGAACAGGAGAAAUAA